AUGGUUAAUCAUCAGGGUGCCGUGAGGACUCUCCACGAAUACCAGUUUCUACCAGAGCAGCCAUCUGUUAGAAAUGAUACAUACGAAAGAGCUGUCCCAUCUCACUUUUACAGUUCACCAAUUGACGUUCCAAGUGCUGGGACUCCAUUAUCUGCUGGGCGGUCAAUUAUUCAAGGCAAUGAACAAGUACCUUUGGAAUAUGGUUUUCAAGGUCAGACGUCAAGUCUAAGUCUUUUGCCUCAGCCAGCAAGACACGGCCAUCUCUUGCCAACGGCUUCUGGAGAGUAUGACAUCAUUCCACGGAAAAACACUGAUGCCAACACUGGUAUGGAUGCUCGUUUUGGUGCUUACCCAUUAGCUGAGCCGGACAAUCCAUUUAUACCAUCUGACAGGCGGGUCACCUGUGAUGACGAUGCUUCACGGAUGGAGAGGAAGCGCAAGAUUGACGAGGCCAGAAUAGCAAAGGAAGUUGAAGCCCAUGAGAAAAGGAUCAAGAAAGAGCUUGAACGACAAGAUAUAUUGAGGCGAAAGAGAGAAGAACAAAUGAGGAAAGAAAUGGAGAGGCAGGACCGUGAAAGGCGUAAGGAAGAAGAAAGGCUAUUGCGUGAGAAGCAGCGUGAGGAGGAGAGAUACCAUAGGGAACAAAGACGAGAAAUGGAACGAAGAGAGAAGUUUUUACAGAAAGAAUCCAUUAGAGCUGAGAAAUUGAGGCUAAAAGAAGAAAUGCGUAGAGAGAAAGAGACUGCAAGGCUUAAAGCUGCAAACGACAGGGCUGCUGCUCGAAGAAUCGCUAAAGAAUCAAUGGAACUUAUCGAUGACGAACGUCUGGAACUCAUGGAAUUAGCAGCAUCACGGCGGGGGUUGCCUUCAAUAUUGGCACUUGACAGCGAAACUGUGCAAAAUCUUGAGUUGUUUAGAGAUAUGCUCACUGAAUUCCCACCCAAGUCUGUGCGCAUCAAAAAGCCAUUUGCAAUUCAACCUUGGACUGAUUCUGAGGAGAACAUAGGAAAUCUUCUUAUGGUUUGGCGAUUUUUGAUUACUUUUGCUGAUGUUCUGGGGCUUUGGCCAUUUACUCUGGAUGAGUUUGUUCAAGCUUUUCACGAUUAUGAUCCAAGGUUGUUGGGCGAGAUAAAUGUUGCUCUUCUGAGGUCAAUAAUUAAAGAUAUUGAAGAUGUCGCAAGGACACCCUCAACCGGGCUGGUAACAAACCAAAACUGUGCCGUUAAUCCUGGAGGUGGGCAUCCACACAUUGUUGAAGGGGCAUAUGCUUGGGGUUUUGAUAUACGCACCUGGCAGCGCCACUUAAAUCCAUUGACAUGGCCUGAAAUAUUGCGGCAGUUUGCUCUAUCUGCAGGUUUUGGGCCAAAAUUGAAGAAAAGAAGUAUUGAACAAUCAUACCUCCGCGAUGAAAAUGAGGUUAAUGAUGGUGAAGACAUCAUUUCCAAUUUACGCAAUGGAGUUGCAGCUGGAAAUGCUCUUGCCAUAAUGCAAGAGAGGGGUUUCUCCAACCCACGGAGAUCUAGGCAUCGACUGACACCUGGUACAGUCAAAUUUGCAGCAUUUCAUGUUCUUUCUCUUGAGGGAAGCAUGGGCCUCACUAUAUUAGAAGUUGCGGACAAGAUUCAGAAAUCUGGUCUUCGGGAUCUAACAACAAGCAAAACGCCAGAAGCAUCUAUUGCUGCUGCUUUGUCGAGGGAUUCAAAGAUUUUUGAAAGAACAGCUCCUUCAACAUAUUGUGUACGAGCCCCCUUUAGAAAGGAUCCUACUGAUGCUGAGGCAAUAUUAUCUGCAGCCAGACAAAAAGUUCAGGUAUAUAAUAAUGGAUAUCUUGAUGGAGACGAUGCAGAUGAUGUUGAAAGAGAUGAUGUUGAAAAAGAUGAAGAUUCCGAAAGUGAUGUGGCCGAGGAUCCUGAGAUAGAUGAUUUGGGUACUGAAUUGAAGCCAAACGAAGAUGCCCUUCUUUCUCGUGAAGCGAACAGAUCUCAAGAGAAAAAUUGCUCCAGAAAUGGAGAGGAGCUUUCUCAUGAUAAGAAGAUGGAAAUUCCGCAUGGUGAUCUUGGGGAUUUGGGCAGCGGUUUCUCAUUGAUGGAAUCUGUAGGCUUCAAGGAUGUAAACAAUGGUGCUUCUGUUAAUCAAUCUAUUGAUAAUGCCGUGAUCUAUAAGCAGGCAACUAAUCUCAAUCAUGAAGACACAGUGAUUGAUGAAAGCAACUCUGGUGAACUGUGGGUUCAAGGACUUAUGGAAGGGGAGUUCUCUGAUUUAAGUGUUGAAGAGCGCCUUAAUGCCCUUGUUGCUUUAAUUGGUGUGGCAAAUGAAGGGAACUCUAUCCGCAUUGUCCUAGAGGAACGCAUGGAAGCAGCAAAUGCAUUGAAGAAGCAGAUAUGGGCAGAGGCACAACUUGAUAAGCGUCGGAUGAAAGAGGAGUAUAUCAUGAAGAUGCAGGUGCCAUCUUUUUUAGGUAACAAGGCCGAACAAACUCUUUCUACGUCUGUUGUGGAGGGCAGGCAAAGUCCAUUUCAUUCUGUUGAUGACAAAGUUGAUUUGGCAUCAACAAACACUGCAGUCCAUGAGGAACACUUGGGUGAUUCACAGAAUAACCCCACUUAUCCUAAUAUGUCUGCUGGAAGGAACUUGCCAAUGCAAGAAUUCUCUGCUGGCCCAGAUAGUCUUCUACUUCAGCAAUCCGGAUAUGCUGCUGAGAAGUCACGUUCACAGUUAAAAGCUUAUAUUGGUCACAGGGCAGAGGAGAUGUAUGUAUACAGAUCAUUGCCUCUUGGGCAAGAUCGCAGAAGAAAUCGAUACUGGCAAUUUAUGACAGCAGCUUCUCAAAAUGAUCCCGGCUCUGGCAGGAUCUUCGUUGAGCUUCGUGAUGGUCACUGGAGGCUAAUUGAUUCUGAAGAGGCUUUCAAUGCGCUGUUGGCAUCUUUGGAUGUACGUGGGAUAAGGGAGUCCCAUUUGCACUCAAUGUUGCAAAGGAUUGAAGUGGCUUUCAAGGAAAGUGUUAGAAGGAACUUGUUGCGGGCCUACAGUGGGGAUAACCUUGGACAUUCUAAUACAACAGAAGCUUCUGAAAUAGCUUUGAACCCUGACUGCAAUUCCUGUAUAGCUAGUCCCAGCAUUACUGUUUUAAAUUCUGGUAUGCCAGAAGCCUCGUCAACUUUCAGUAUUGGACUGGGGAGGAAUGAAACAGAGAAAAAUGAUGCCUUCAAGAGAUAUCGAGAUUUUGAAAAGUGGAUGUGGGAAGAAUGUUAUAAUUCUUCGAUGUUAUGUGCCAUGAAGUAUGGGAAGACCAGAAGCGAAAAAUUAUUCAGCAUUUGCGACUACUGCCGAGAUUUGUACUUGUUUGAGUAUAACCACUGUCCUUCUUGCCAUAGGACUUAUGUCAGAUCUGUCAGCGAUGUAAAUUUUUCUGAACAUGUAGCUCAAUGCAAAGAGAAACUGAAGGUGGAUCCCAGUUGGACUCUGCAUGGUCAGGAUUCUUCCUCUCCUCUGAGAAUCAGAUUGCUCAAAGCACAAUUGGUGUCAGUAGAGGUUUCUGUUCCUGCAGAAGCUUUUCAGCCAGCUUGGUCAGAGGAUUUUCGGAAAUCCUGGGGUAUAAAGCUGCUCUCUUCAUCAUCAGUCGAAGAUCUUCUCCAGAUUUUGACAUUGUUGGAGGGUAUCAUAAAGAGGGAUUUUUUGUUUUCAAAUUAUGAGACCACCAAUGAAUUGUUGGAUUCUCAUAACCUGAUAGGAAGUGCUGCUAAUAAGUUGUUCAGCCUUGAAACGGUACCUGUGCUUCCAUGGGUACCUCAAACGACAGCUGCUGUGGCACUGAGGCUUAUGGAACUUGAUGCCUCCAUUUAUUACAUGCCAGAUCAGAAAGCAGAGUCUCAAAAUGACAGAGGAGCUGGGGAUUUCAUAACACCACUGUCACAAUAUGCUGUUGUGAAGAAUUUUCCGGAGGAUGAACUGGCACAAGUUCCAUAUGGAGUUGGGUAUUUGCCACAAGAUCCUUUGAUUGAUCCAGGGACUGGACUAAUUGGCUCUGGGCGAGGCCGAGGGCGGGGACGAGGCCGUGGACGUACCCGUGGUGGGAGAUCUCAGAGACGGGUCAUUAGGUCGAGAUCUGAAGCUGGCCAGAGAAGUUCCAGGACAAAUAGCGAGAGAUUUGGGCAAUUGGUGGGGUGGAAAGGGCGAACACGUGGACGUGGAGGACGUAGGCAGGGUCGUCGGUCCAUUAGAAGUAGACACAAGCCAGUGAAGAGGGUGGCAGAGAUAGCUGGUGCUAGAGAUGAAAUUGAAGAGAAUAUUUUUGAGAAAACUCCUAGAAGUGCAAGUCCACAGGAGUGGAUUGGGGAAGAAACCGCACAGAUGCAAGUUGUGGGUGCUGAGAGUGUUAGCAGUUCGGAAAGAUCGGAUUAUGAUGAAGAUAAUGGUCAUGCGACUGGAGAUGAAUAUGAUGAUUUAAUGGUGGAUAACUAUCCCAGUGUCCUUAACGGCCAGCCUGAGCUCUUCACGGAGGAGGGUGCCGAUUAUAAUGUAGAUGGUGAAGAAGACGAGGAUGGUGGUGUCGACGAGGCAGACGAUGAUGACGAAGAUGAUGAGAAUGGUGAUGAGGAUGACAAUGGUGAGGGAGAUGUAGAUGUUCGAGGGUACUUUAAUGGCGAGUCGGAUGAAGAGGGGAACAAGGAUAUUGGUGGACAGCAAAUGUGGAACCCAGAUGAUGUUACAGGAUCUACAUCGACAGAUUACACAAACAACAUAAAUAUUGUAAUGCCAUCUUUGGACAGCAAUUUUAAUGGUCACGAAAGUAAUCCUGUUUGCAAUGGUUGUAGGAAAUGGCAAGUUUCGAGCCUUCACCUGGUACCCGGAAAGGGCCUAAUUAUAUCACCUGGUGUACAUGGGUUGGUGGUACUCAAGUUUUGA